CAGAUAUGUUAAUCAGCGGCGACACGUGACCCGACGUUUGGCGCGAAAGAGUGAAGCCGGGAGAGAACAGCCAUGGCGGACGAGCCGGCUCUGAGGGAGGCGCAGCGAGAGUACCUGGACUUCCUGGACGAUGAGCAAGAUCAGGGGAUCUACCAAAGCAAAGUGAGGGACAUGAUCAGUGAAAACGUGUACCGGCUAAUUGUCAACAUUAAUGACCUUCGAAGAAAGAAUGAGAAAAGAGCACACCAGCUACUGAACAACUCUUUUGAGGAGCUCUUGGCCUUCCAGAGAGCUCUGAAGGACUUUGUUGCCUCCAUUGAUGCCACAUAUGCCAAGCAAUUUGAGGACUUCUACAUUGGCCUGGAAGGCAGCUUUGGCUCCAAGCAUGUCAGCCCACGAACCUUGACCUCGCGUUUCCUCAGCAAUAUUGUCUGCGUGGAGGGAAUCGUAAUCAAAUGUUCAUUGGUACGUCCAAAGAUUGUUCGAAGUGUCCACUAUUGUCCUGCCACAAAGAAGACUAUUGAACGCAAGUACACAGAUAUGACUUCCUUCGAUGCUUUCCCUUCCAGCGCCAUCUAUCCAACGAAGGAUGAGGAGAAUAACCCCCUCGAGACAGAAUUUGGGCUGUCUUUGUACAAAGACCACCAGACCAUCACCAUACAGGAGAUGCCAGAGAAAGCUCCCGCGGGCCAGCUACCUCGCUCAGUGGACAUUAUCCUGGACAAUGACCUUGUGGACGUGGUCAAGCCUGGUGACCGAGUGCAGGUCAUUGGCACUUACCGCUGCCUGCCUGGCAAGAAAAACGGAUACACCUCUGGGACAUUCAGAACGAUCCUGAUUGCCUGCCAUGUCAAAUUGAUGAGCAAGGAGGUGUCUCCCAUGUUUUCUGCAGAUGACGUGGCCAAAAUCAAGAAGUUCAGCAAAUCGCAUUCAAAGGACAUCUUUGAUCAACUAGCCAGGUCCCUGGCCCCUAGUAUUCAUGGACAUGAGUACAUCAAGAAGGCUAUUCUCUGCCUGCUGCUGGGUGGCUCAGAAAAGCACUUAGAGAAUGGAAGCCGAAUUCGCGGUGAUAUCAAUGUCCUAUUAAUAGGUGACCCGUCGGUGGCAAAGUCACAGCUCCUGCGCUAUGUGCUCUUCAGUGCUCCGCGAGCUAUCCCCACCACUGGCCGAGGCUCCACCGGGGUGGGCUUGACUGCAGCAGUCACCACCGACCAAGAAACUGGUGAGCGACGUCUCGAGGCAGGCGCCAUGGUUUUAGCUGACCGAGGUGUCGUCUGCAUAGACGAAUUUGACAAGAUGUCUGACCUGGAUCGUACCGCCAUCCAUGAAGUGAUGGAGCAGGGGCGUGUGACCAUCGCUAAAGCUGGCAUUCAUGCCAGACUCAAUGCCAGGUGCAGUGUGCUGGCUGCAGCUAACCCUGUCUAUGGAAAGUACAACCAAUAUAAAACCCCAAUGGAGAAUAUUGGCCUGCAGGAUUCGCUGUUGUCCCGUUUUGACCUGCUUUUCAUCAUGCUGGACCAGAUGGACCCAGAGCAAGACCGAGCAGUUUCUGAACACGUGCUGCGAAUGCACAGAUACAGAAGUGCAGGCGAGCAGGAUGGCGAUGCCUUGCCCCUGGGCAGUGCUGUUGACGUCCUGGCAACGGAGGAUCCCGACGUCUUGCAGGAUGAGGAACAGGAGCUCCAGAUUUAUGAAAAGCACGACAACCUUCUUCAUGGAGCCAGGAGACGAAAAGAGAAGAUUGUCAGUAUGGAAUUUAUGCGCAAGUACAUCCACGUUGCCAAGAUCGUCAAACCCAUGCUCACAUCUGAGGCCGCGAACCACAUUGCAGAGGAGUACUCCAGUCUACGCAGUCAGGACCAGAUGAGUUCCGAUGUUGCUCGGACCUCACCUGUCACUGCACGAACUCUGGAGACUUUGAUCAGGCUGUCAACAGCUCACGCAAAAGCCCGCAUGAGCAAGACCAUUGACCUACAAGAUUCUGAUGCAGCAGUCGAACUGGUUCAGUUUGCUUACUUUAAGAAGGUUUUGGAGAAACGGAAGAAAUCACGCAAAGAUGACAGUGAGGUGGAGUCCGAGGAGGAAGACAUUAGCCAGGAAGAUGGUGACGCCAAGAAGAGGAGGAAACCUCAAGCUAAAGAUGGUGAACGCAAGAAGCGGAGACGGGAGCAGGGGGAGGGUGAACAAUAUGACCCCUAUGACUUCAGCGAUGCUGAGGAAGAGACACCAGACAUCCAGCCACGCACUCCAAAGACGCCAGAAGCUGGAGAGCUCAUGGACACCGUUGAUGGAACUGCCAAGUCUGUGUUGAGUGAAGAAAGAUUUAAAGCAUUCAAAGCUGCCCUCUUAGAUGCUUUCAAGGCUGCACAUGCUCAGUCCCUUGGAAUGCAAACUCUGAUGGCUUCAAUCAAUAAAACAAACAAGGUUCCAUUCACUGAAGAGGAGGUGCAGACUGCUCUCGACAAGAUGCAGGAAGACAACCAGAUCAUGGUGACCGAUCACAUCAUCUUCCUAAUCUAAACGAGUGGAUUUCACUGUGGACUGCUGUGCACCAAACCGAAUUGAAGGCAUAGUACGAUGUGACUAAAGAACAUGCUGACAGCUUAAAUAUAGCUAAUUAUCUUUUCAUAAACUAGAUUUUUCCAACCCCGCUUCACAGGAACUUGAGUUCCAUGGAGGCAGCCAGUAAUUAACAAACAUGGCGGAGGCGGUUGGGCAGGGGAUUGCCUCCCAGUACAUUGUUCAAGAAGAAAAAUAUAUUGUUUAUUUUAUAUGUACCCGAGCUAAUUUCUUCAAGGUUACACAGUUGCCCACUGUCACCUGCGUGGGAAACUGGUCAUGUCCAGCUUGAAAACAGCGUUUGCGAGGGUUUUCAGAUGUUGGUUGACAUUGGCAAUGCUGCUGCUUGGAUUCAACCAGUGUGUGGGUGCUGAGCCUAUCUAACUGCCAGCAGCUCUGGAAUAACUGGACUGCUGUUUCUUUCGAGGGGGUUGGUUUUGAACUAUCUUUGAACUGGAAGGUCUAGGAAGGAACUUCAGGUGCUGGUUUUAAACCGAAGAUUGACACAAAAAGCUGGGGUAACUCAGCGUGUCAGGCAGCAUUUCUGGAGAAAAGGAAUAGGUGCGGUUUAGGGUCGAGACCAUUCUUCAGACUUCUAUUCCUUUUCUUCCGUGAUGCUGCCUAACCCGCUGAGUUACUUCGCAAAAAAAGAUAGCUUUUUUUUUGUCUAUCUUUGAACUGGGAGUGUUACCUUCUGGAUAUUGAUUUUGUGCCAGUUCCAGAGGCUAUUGACGUAUUGAGUUGGGUUGGGUUGGGAUGGAUCAGUAAAGUGACACCUUAGCACUACUUUCAAAGGCUUCCUUUUGAAGAUCCUGUUUGGGAGCUGUGUUACAUUCCUUAUUCGUUGUUGCCCCCCCCCCUCCCUCACCCACCUCCAAGAUAUUUAAUAUUUUUCCAAGAAUACUAAGGGCAUGGUUGAUCUUCCCCUCCCGUGCCUGAAUGUUUCAGGGCAUAUAGACCUUGAAGCAAUGUUGCAUUGGCCAAUGCAUCAACCAAUGCAUUGGCAUGAUGUUUGGGCCCAUGGAAGCAGUCAAAUGCAACACUUCUGACAUUGCUGCAAGUUUCCGGAAGGAUUUUCUUGUCUUCUCUUUGGUUAGACAUACAGGCCAUGGUCCUGACCUCUAUUGCUGCCACUAACUUGCAUUUUGUUGGAAGUUGUUGGGCCCAGCCUUGUUGACCGACUGCUGGGGUUAAUUACGAGAGUAAGUACACCUUUAGUCUGUGAAAUGGAUGAAUUACUGAGUGAGGUUGCAUCAUGUGCAAUUGUGUAACUGCUUGC